AUGCUUGAAUUUAGAAACAGGAAGUUUCCUUUGUUGUUGCCAAGAAAUGACCAUUUUAUUCUAUAUAUCUAUUCUAGCACUUUCUUUCCACUCUUUCUAAAUGCAAUUGUAAGGCACCUUCCUUCCCCUUUCAAAGCUGACCAUUCUGGCUGAUUCAAUGUUCCAAGUUCCAACUUAUAGAUUAUAUAACAAACCCUCUAGCCACCCUUCAAACCAUAAUAUAACUUUCUCAUCUUCAUAGGGUAAAUAGAAACUUAACAAUAUUUGAGCCUUAUCAACAGGGAUCAAAGAAUUCUAACUCUUCAUCUAUAUUUGAGAAUAUCUGCAAAAAUGGUUCUUAGCCACCUUGACUAUCUUAUUGCAGAGAAGAAGACAUCACAGAAUGAUGGCAACUCAACUUCUCCCUUGUGUGGCUUGGUAGACCUUGUCAUAUACCUUACAUUUUUUCACAAAAUCCGAGAGAUUAUCUCAGGUUUCUUGUUUUUCCUUUUGCAAAAACUUCAUUCUGGUAAUUCAAAGGUAAGUGGAGAGGAGGAGCAGGUUGCAGAAUCUGAGUUUAGCCACCAAGAGAAUGAGUCAAAUGGCAGCAGAGAAAGUGAGAAGCUUGAGAGGGAUGAAGUCAAAAUGGUGAUGGAAAAACUGGGAUUUUUUUGCAGCUCAGAAAGUGAGGAACUUCAGGAAACGUAUGGUUCCAAGGAGCUUUCUGAACUGUUUGAGGAGCAUGAGCCAAGCCUGGAGGAGGUGAAGCAGGCUUUUGAUGUUUUUGAUGAGAACAAAGAUGGGUUUAUUGAUGCAAGGGAGUUGCAGAGAGUUCUGUGUAUUUUGGGAUUGAAGGAAGCAAAAGAACUUGAGAACUGCCAGAAGAUGAUCAUGAACUUUGAUGAAAAUCAAGAUGGAAGAAUUGAUUUCAUUGAAUUUGUAAAAAUUAUGGAAAAUCGCUUCUGCUGAUUUCUUUGUUCUCUUGUUUAAAAAAAAAAAUGAGU